AAGAAGAAGCGUCUGUUUUGUUUUUCGAGCAGAUAAAAAUAAACAAUUCAAAACUUUUUAAUAAUAGUAAUUAAAUAUGACUGAAUUUAGUGCGGAGUCAGGCGGACGCUUGAAGGGCGUAACAAUUGUAAAGCCAAUUGUGUACGGCAAUAAAGCACGCUCCUUUGGCAAAAAGCGUGAGGAGGACGGACACACGCAUCAAUGGCAGGUUUAUCUGAAGCCCUAUUAUGACGAGGAUAUGUCGAUUUAUGUAAAGAAAGUACACUUCAAACUGCACGAAAGCUAUGCAAAUCCGAAUCGCAUUGUUGUCAAACCGCCAUACGAAAUUACGGAAACCGGCUGGGGUGAAUUUGAGGUUGUUAUUAAAAUCUACUUUAAUGACCCAUCCGAACGGCCUGUGACCUGCUAUCACAUAUUAAAGUUGUUCCAAUCGCCCGUCGUGGACGGCGAGUUGAGCUCGUCCACGACAAUGGACACUAAAAAAGGAUUAGUAUCUGAAUCAUACGAAGAAAUAGUCUUUCAAGAGCCCACCCAGAUAAUGCAACAUUAUCUUACGCUCUCCGAACAAAGUGCAAAUGGAUUACUCAACCAUGAUACAGAUUUUGAAGAAAAGAAGGCUAAGACCCUAGACAACAUAAUCAAUGUGAAGCAAAAGGUCAAAAGCGAGAUCGUAAGUCUUAAGGAUAAGCUUAAAUUGGCUCGCGAGACAAUUGUAAAAUUCAAGGCGGAACUAGCAAAAGUCCAAAAACCACCUGCUUAAUACCGAAAAUUGUGAAUAUAAUAUGUUUAAGAGAAUAAAAUAAACUAAGCUGUAUGAAAA